AGAUCCGCAAUGCAUUUCGGGCUACCGGAGGCUGAUUCGCCCGAUAAUACAAACAAGCCGCCGGAUACAGUGAAAUCGGCUGAGCAUGCGAAAAGCCGCCCGGUUAUGAAUUAACAUCCAUUCAUCUCCAUGAAUGCAUUCUUUUAUUAUUUUCCCCCGUUCCUAUCCAAGUGUCAGUGUUUGACUGCGCAUGCACGGGAAUAAAACAGACAGCACGCUUGUCAAACGCUCAUCCUAGAUAGGAAACGCGCAGUGACGCUCCAGUAUGGCGGACAGUAUGAUGAGCAAAGCAGCCACAAUGGAGAUUCCCAUUAACAGUAAUGGGGACUCUAGGACCAUGGCAGAAGAUGACAGUCUGGAGCAGGCUACAAAGAUUCAUUGGAGCUUAAAAGAGAAGGUAGGGAGUCCCCUAGGCCACAGGGAUUUACAGCAGGUCAUGGUGUCUGGGCCCAACCUUAAUGAGACCAGCAUUGUAUCAGGUGGUUAUGGAGGCACAACAGAGGGCAUCAUUCCAACCAGCUCCAUCAAAGGCCCUGCCAUCCAUCUUAACACAAACUUUGUGGGCAACAGACGCAUUCCAAACGAAGGACAAGACCUGCGAAUGAAGUCCAGGGCUGUUAGCAUUGCCCCAAGCCAGACUGCAGCCUGCCGAAUAGCCAGCCAAUCAGAAGACAUCCCAGGUAUCCCAAAGAGCGCUGGAAGAUCCCUUCAUUACAAUAGCAGUUCAUCCAUCACAGCAGAUGAGGCCACGAGAGGAGUUGCUGUGGAGAAGUUUGACAUUGUAAAGAAGUGGGGCCUGAACACUUACAAGUGCACCAAACAGAUGAUCUCUGAGAGGUUUGGCCGCGGCUCGCGUACGGUAGAUCUGGAGCUGGAGGCUCAGAUUGAGGUUUUGCGGGAAACCAAACGAAAGUACGAGAAUGUGCUACGUUUAGCGCGAGACCUAACCAACCACUUUUACAGCAUGGUGCAGACGCAGCACGCCCUCGGUGACACUUUUGCAGACCUCAGUCAGAAGUCUCCAGAACUUCGGGAUGAGUUUGGCUACAAUGCAGAAACACAGAAGCUGUUGUGCAAGAAUGGAGAGACACUACUGGGCGCCAUCAACUUCUUUGUGUCCAGCAUUAACACACUGGUAAACAAGACGAUGGAAGACACACUAAUGACCAUCAAGUUGUAUGAGAAUGCCAGGCUGGAGUUUGACGCAUACAGGGCAGAUCUAGAGGAGCUUAACUUGGGCCCACGGGAUGCUGUUACCAUAGCUCGUAUCGAAGCUGCUCAGCAGCAGUAUCAGAUCCACAAGGACAAAUAUGAACGUCUCCGGAGUGAUGUCACAAUCAAGAUCAAGUUUCUGGAUGAAAAUAAGGUCAAAGUGAUGCACAAACAGCUUCUUCUGUUCCAUAAUGCCAUCUCUGCCUAUUUUGCUGGAAACCAGCAGCAGCUGGAACAGACCCUCAAGCAGUUCAACAUUAAACUCAAACCACCAGGGGCCGACAAGCCCUCCUGGCUGGAAGAACAGUGAAAGUGACCAGUUUGCCCAGCUUUCCUGUUAUAUGUCUUUAGCCACAGUGUGACACAGUAGGACGGCGAGAGACCAGCGGUCUGAGGCUACAGCCUCUUACUCACUAACUUUCUUUAGCUCUCUAACCCACACUUAUUUUUGAUUUUACAUGUCCUCCUAUUACUGCUAUAAACUGUUCUCAAGUGUCUGCAUAGUCCCUAGUGUAACUGGUCCUGAAGCUCCAAUCAAAUGGUUAAUAAUUUAUCAGUUUCAUCCCUAUAAACAUCAUUAAAUUGACUGAAACAAACCUUUGGAUUGUCAUACAAGAACGGCUGUAUUUUUUCCAGACUAUUCUCAGUCAUGCACACUGUCCACAUUCCCUGUGUUCUCACAUUAACUGUGGGAAGCAUUUUAUUUUACUUCAUUGUUUUUUGUAUUGUAGAUUUGGUCUUGUAGAUGAUACAAGUGCAGAAAAUGCAGAGCACUCUUAUCAUGGAGCUCGUGACAUUGGUAUUGCGUCCUUGUACGUUUACCAAGCUAACAAAGUAGUUAAACUGAUCCAAAUGCUUGAAAAUAUUACAUUGAAGAUCUUAAAAUAACACUAACUUUUUUUUCCAUUUUUACCAUGGGAUUAAUUCAUUAAAAUGCAUUAGAAUGAAUUGAUGAAAUGUACCAAACACGGAUGCAUUUAUUAUUAUUAUUGUUUUUUUGCUUGUUUUUACAAAGCCUUUCACAUUUUCAAGAGAUAAAGCUAAAAAUCUCUGGUAAAGGAAUUUCAGACAGUGCUUGUUUUCUCUAAAUGAGAAGAGUACAUUUUUGUUUUAUUUAAAUGAAUAUUUGCUGAUUAUUUUCUGUGUUAUGCACUAAUGCAAGUAUAUGUAUAAUUUCUAUUUUAAUUUUGGUUUUGUUUAACACAGGCCCAACAUUAUUUGCCUCUUUAUUUACCAAAAUGUGCACUAGAGGUUAUAUCCGAAAAGCAUUGGGGGUGCUCUCCUUUUCCUCCAUUUUCAUUCAUACUAAAACCACACAUACUGUAUGCAUCUUUCUGUUUUUGUUUUAAAAAAAAUUGACUAUUUCCCACCCAAUCAAAGCUUUAUGCACCUGUUAAUGCAUGUCACUGUAGCAUUUUUCCUCUUUCUGUGUUACUAAUGAAUUGUUGUCAAGCAUCAUAACUAGAAACUGUCUCAAAAAGUUAGUACAAAAUCAAAGGAAUUUUGAUGUAAUUAUUUAAAUAUAUGAUAGUUUUAAGUUGUAUUUGUUAAUAAUCAAAUAUAUUUGUAAUUGAAUUGACAUAAACAAGACUAACUAAGAUCUAACUGCAUAAUUCUCACCAAAAAUGGACAUUAAUACUUAAAAUGAGUUUGAAAUGUUACAGUGACUGCAUGGAUCGAUAAAUGUCAAAGUAACUUAUGAUGAUAAAUAAUGUUCAGGACUGUUGAACAUUGCACUAAAUAUUUUUAAACUUGAGAUGAAGCAAUACCGAAGAUGUAUCUAGGAAGUGUAUUUUCGUGUUUGCCUGUUUUCCAUGCAUUGGGAUUUAAUUCUUCUCAAUGCUUCAGUAAAAUACAACUUGAGUAGUAGUCCAUGAAAAUAAUGGUUAAAUUAUUUUGUAAAUGUUUGCGUAUGCUUAAAAUAACCAUUUUAUUUUAGUCACCUACUGAUUAGUACAUGUAUACUAGCAUGUUUGCGAAAGCCUUUUUAUCUUUGCCUUCACUCUUUCUUCCUCAAGGACCAGUUGCUUACUUCAGAAGAGGGACUAAAUGAAAUUAUGGGACUUCCCUUUGUCAGACAUUUUUUAUACCAAGUAUUUAGUUUGAACUUACAGACUCUUGUGUCAGACAGCAGAAACGAACACCAGACACUGAUCCUUUUUAUAAAGUGAUGGAUGUUUCUUCCAAAGCAAUAGGAUUUGAAAUGCUCCUCAGCCAUGAACAUAGUAAUUUCCCCUUUCUUUUUCUAAAUCAAACAAAUGUGUCUGGGUUGUUUUAUUUUUGGAGAAUGUUACUUUUAUUUGAUUUAUUAUUGUUAACAAAAGUGUUUGGUGAUUACUCCGUAGGUCUAGUUUUAGAACAUUGCAGAAUCAAAGGGUUAUAAAUAUUACCAUAUUUAUGUACAAUCAAUAUUUUAGGCUGCUCUGUGGUAUUGUAGUGUAUGAUGACUGUACAUAUGUAAAGAUAUAAGACAGAUUUUGAAACUGGACCCCCAUGAUGUUAGCCUUUAUUCCUCACUUUAACCGAAUUUCCUGGAGUUCAGUGAAAUACAAGAACCCACAUGAUAAAAUCUGAAAUGUUUGCAAACGAAAAA